UAUCCAAUGACCGUCUUGUUUCUAAGCACUGAAAAAAACUGUUUAAAGCAGCCCCAUUGAAGUCAAUGGACGCUGGGCUUCAACAGAGUAAUGCACUGUACGCUACGGGAAUGAAUGAGAAGGAAAUCGAGUCAGCCGACCUAAGAGAAGCUGAGCUUCCGGCGGCUAGUUUGUAUCCUCUGACACUUGCUUCACAUCACAUUUGUUCCUGGUCUAAAUAUUAGUGUAUUUUACUAUAGUUACCUAUCAUUGUCGUUGCCGAAUUAUUUAUAACUUUAUUUUCUAAAUCUAUAUUAAUUGAAGCGUAACGCCGCUAGCAUAUUAGCGUGUUAGCUUGCCUUCUGUUUACAGUGUGGAAUAUCAUCUCCCCCUAUUUGUCUUGUGUGCUAACUGUUUCUCUUUUUAAGCGUAUAUACUAAGACUCAUCAAGCAACCUUGGUAAGUUAGGAUUGCACUUCAUACCCGGUGAGAUAUGGCUUCUAUUCCUAUAUUGUUGUUACUUGCACCUCAUGUCAUAUGUUUAGUUUAGCCUUCUCUGUCAGCGGCGAGGGUUUUACAUGUGAUAAAUGCAGGGAAGUAGUUAGGCUGACGGAGAAGAUCUUAGAAUUAGAGUCUCGCUUCCAAUCUAUAUUUGAGGAUAGUAAGAGUGUUAGGACUGUAGAAAACACUUCGGAUGCGAGCAAUGUUAGCGCACACAGCUCGGUUCCGGUUGAAAAUCCCCUGCAGCUGGGAAACUUUGUGACGGUGAGACGGCAUAGUCGCAGGACAAAACAUCACUCAACCGUUCCGAUUAAAGUCUCGAACAGGUUUGCCCCGCUCAGUGACGCACCGACUGAGAAACCUGCUGAAAGUGCCCUAGUGAUCGGUGAUUCUAUUGUCUGGAACGUUAACAUAGAGACACCAGCCACCGUAGUCAAAUGUUUACCGGGAGCCAGAGCGCCUGAUAUCAAGUCAAAUUUAAAUGUGCUGGCUAAGUAUAAUCGUAAAUUCAGUAAGAUUAUUAUUCACGUCGGCACAAAUGAUGUUAGACUCCGUCAAUCGGAGAGCACUAAAGAUAAUAUUAAAGAGGUGUGUGAGCUCGCAAAAACGAUGUCAGACACUGUAAUAUUCUCUGCCCCCCUUACUGCUUAACGUGGUGAUGAGAUUUAUAGCAGAUUAUCAUCACUAAAUGGCUGGUUGUCUGAGUGGUGCCUGCAGAAUAAUAUAGGUUUUAUAAAUAACUGGAAGAGUUUUGAGGGCAGACCUGACCUGUUGAAACGAGAUGGUCUCCAUCCCUCCUGGGAUGGGGUUUCCCUCCUCUCUAGAAAUUUGGCACACAGUCUUAAUAAUGCUAAAGUCUGACUACCUAGGGCCCAGGUCAGGAAAGAAAAAGAAUGGCUUAACCAACUGUCUGCUUGCCGUCUUGCGUUACAGAAUACACAAAAUAUACAACAUGUAAUAAUCCCUUUUUACAAACAACAUAAAAUAGAGACUGUGUCUGUCCCCCGGAUUAGCAAACAUAAGAUAUUGCGUAAACCUCUUUAAAGUAAUUUAAUAAACGUUAAACAAAUCAAACAUGAACAAAAUACAGAUAAUCAGUUACGACUCGGAUUGCUUAAUAUUAGAUCUCUCUCAAAUAAAGCACUUUUUGUUAACGAUUUGAUAACCGAUCAUAAAAUAGACAUGCUUUGUUUGACAGAAACAUGGCUAAAGCCAGAUGAUUUUAUUACUCUACAUGAAUCCGUUCCCCAUGAUUAUUACUAUAAACACGAGCCUCGUCUAAAAGGUAGAGGGGGAGGUGUCGCUGCACUUUACAAGAAUUCUUUUAUUACCUCUCAGAAGUGUAAUUUUAAAUACAAUUCUUUUGAAGUCAUGGUACUUCACGUAUCAACACCUAAUACUAAGGACAAAACAUUUUUAAAAUUUAUUCUAGCUAUUGUAUAUAGGCCUCCAGGGCACCACACAGAUUUUAUUAAAGAUUUUGGUGGGUUCUUAUCAGAACUAGUACUGGCCGCAGAUAGAGUCCUUGUCGUCGGUGACUUUAAUAUCCAUGUAGACAAUGAUACAGAUGCCUUGGGACUGGCUUUCAAAGACACUCUUAACUCCAUGGGCAUUAGUCAACAUGUGUCAGGACCCACUCACCUUCGUAAUCAUACUUUAGAUUUAAUACUUUCUUAUGGUAUAAAUGUGGACGAUGUUAAAAUCGUUCAGCAGAGUGAAGAUAUUUCGGAUCAUUAUCUGAUAUUAUGUUUGCUUCAAUGGCCUACGGCUGCAAAUCAAACUCCUUGUUACAAAUAUGGUAGAACGAUUACUUCAACUACCAAAGAUGCGUUUCUCGAUAAUCUGCCUGAAUUGUCUAAAAUAUCUAGCAUGAGUAAAAGCGCUGACGAUUUUGACACUACUAUUGAAAAUUGUAACUCUACUUUCUCGGAAAUAUUAGACACAGUUGCUCCUCUGCGUUUAAAGAAAAUUAAAAAUAGCAGCCCAACACCGUGGUAUAAUGAAUAUAUUCAUAUAUAUUCUGAUUAUCAGCAUAACAGUGAUGAAUUUAUGAACUACUUCACGAGUAAAAUCCAAGAUAUAAGAGAAAAAAUUAUAACAAUGCAACCUGUCGUGAAAUCCGCUGAACAAACUAACUACAGCACCCCUAAGGAGAAAUUGCAAUUAUUUUCUACAGUAGAUCACGAUGAACUGUCUAAAAUCAUUAGAUCAUCUAAAUCAACAACAUGCAUGCUAGACCCUAUACCUACAAAACUACUGAAAGAAAUGCUCCCAGAAAUUAUAGAUCCUCUUCUUAGUAUUAUUAAUUCAUCUCUGACAUUAGGACAUGUGCCUAAAGCAUUUAAGGUGGCUGUUAUAAGGCCUCUUUUAAAAAAAACCAAACUCGACCCUAAAGAACUAGGGAAUUACAGGCCUAUAUCGAAUGUACAGUAUUGUUCAAAAUAAUAGCAGUACAAU